AUGACGAUUUUUGCGGCAACUCCGUGGUGCACUGCUUGUGUUGAGUCGGUUACGCAAUGUGAUGCGACAAAGCUGAUCGCUCCCCAAAUCAUCGUGUGCCCAGAGGAUCAAAUCAUGAAAUCGUGUCGAAAAGCGCAAAAGCCUUUCGAGUGUUCGCAGAAUUUAUUGAGGAAAUGGAUCUCACUUACCGAGUGCGUUUUCGGAAAUCACGAACCGCACACGUGUUGUCGGAGAAAUGAGCUGUGUCGA